UGUAGCCAAGUUCGUAUCAUAUUCACAAACCCGAAUCUGCGAGAUUGAGAUAGCGUUUAUUUGCAGAAAGAAGUGAAGAAUGACGUUGAAGGUGUUUACCUCAACAGUUUCAAACUUUGAUUCUGUUUUUGAGAAGUUCCGAUCAGAGAUUCCUCAACACAAAGCCAACCUCAUUCUCUUCUUGGCUGAUAAUGACCCUUCUACCUCUCUCAGCUGGUGCCCUGACUGUGUGAGAGCUGAGCCAGUGAUCUACAAGAAGCUGGAAGCUUCACCUAAUGAAAUUGCACUUUUGAAAGCUUAUGUUGGAGAUAGACCAACAUGGAGGAACCCACACCAUCCAUGGAGGGUGGAUCCUAAGUUCAAGCUCACUGGUGUGCCAACGUUGAUCCGUUGGGAGAAUGAUGCAGUUAAAGGUCGCCUCGAGGAUCAUGAAGCUCACAUUGAAAAAAAAAUUGAAGCCCUUGUUGCUGACAAAUGAUUGUCAUUGUGUCUAAGAUAGUUGUUAUCAGCUUCUACUUUAAAACUUUGUGGUGAAUACUGGUCACAAGCGAAGGCUUGAAUAAAGAAGAUAGUGGUUUGUUCUUACUGUGUUUUGAAUUUUAAGCAUCAUAAAUGUGAUUUUUAUUCCUAUAUUAUGUGAAGUUUGCUGUGUAUUUAACCUUUGGCCACCAGAAUUUGACUAUAAAUUUGUAGAUAUCCUUUAAAACAA